AUGAGCGUACUGCUCCCCAAUAUGGCAGACUUCGACACUAUCUAUGAGCUAGAGGAGGAGGAGGAGGAGUCCGAGCCGGUGGUGAGGAGCCAGGAGCUGCCCCGGCCCCGAGACGCGCCAGACCCUGUGGCGGUACGGGGCGCCGGGCACAUCACCGUGUUUGGCUUGAGCAACAAAUUUGACACAGAAUUUCCCUCUGUCCUGACAGGAAAGGUUGCUCCAGAAGAAUUUAAGACUAGUAUCAGCCGUGUGAAUGCGUGUUUAAAGAAGAAUCUCCCUGUCAAUGUAAAAUGGCUGCUUUGUGGUUGUCUUUGCUGCUGCUGCACCCUGGGUUGCAGCCUGUGGCCUGUUAUCUGUCUUAAUAAAAGAACUAGAAGAUCAAUUCAGAAGUUGCUAGAAUGGGAAAAUAACAGACUAUAUCAUAAGCUUGGUUUGCACUGGAAGCUGAGUAAAAGGAAAUGUGAAACUAGCAAUAUGAUGGAAUAUGUAAUACUAAUAGAAUUCUUACCAAAAUAUCCCAUAUUUCGACCUGACUGAGGACCAGUAUUCAGUCUUUCAUGUUACCUGCCAUUUCCUACUCUUAGUGCCUUGUAGCUGAUUUUGGAAAGAAGAUGGUCUACUUUGCUGUGACUUUAAAAAUGUUAUUUGGUAGAAUAUCUUCCUUGCUAUGUUAUUUUCUUUUGUUUAAGAAGAAAACAAUUUGCACAUUUUUUUAUGUUAAAUGAGGCUUCUAUGUUGCACUCUGAAUUUUUAACAUUAACAAUAAUAGAUAUAGUUGCCACUAAGGAUCUAACAUCAGUGCUGCUUAAAACUUGUUUUGAGCAUGCUGCCUUAUUAAUUUCCAUACUUACUGUUUCCACAUGUACAUCCUAACUCUGUAUCAUAUUGUAUUUCAUUCUAAAAUCACAUUUCUAUAAAUCCUCAAUAGAAACAUCCAAGUAAGCUUCCAGUAGUUAGCAAUGAUUUUACUAUAACUUGCUUGCAUAGGACUUGCAAUUAACAGCACUGGUUUUGUCCCGCACUUUGCAAAAUCAUCACUUACAUUAGAGGGUUAAUUAUUUUAUCCCCUGUGGAUUUGUAAAUAGUGCCUCGUUGCAUAAUGUAAAGUGUGGUAUGUCAAGGUUUACAGAAUGUAAUAUAGCUCUGAUUGUAUUGCCAACAGUUCUACAUAGAUUUAUUAAUGACAUUUAUUAGCAUCCUGAUUGUAUGGACCCAUUCAUAUGCCAUUUUUAUGGUAAAGCCAUAAUGAGUUUGUACAUACUAUCAGGUGUAGGGCUCAGAUGCACUUUGUUAGUAAAUGGAUGAAAAAUGCAUAGCAUUUCUGUGUUUCUUCAGAGAUUUUUCAGGUGUCUUGGUUAGUACCUGAAAUAAGGAAUCUUAAGUAUUCUCAUCUUUUGGACAAGUUGUAUUUGUGGAGUAGACUGCAACUAAUAUAUUAUCAGACUAUCCUAAAAGCCUAUUUUAAAGACACAAAUAUAUGGAAGUCAGGAAAAAAUGUGUAAAAAAAAAAAAAAAAGCAAAGAAGCAAAUUUAAAGUAAUUGGACUGAAUUGUUAUAACUAAAGCCAACUACUUGGGACAGGUAAAUCAAUACAGAAGAAACAUUAAACUUAUUAUUUUUAUAGCACAGUGGUACCUGAUAUUUUUUAUAUAUUAAGCAGUUAACUAAAACUGCAUCCUUUCCAGAAUGAAAAAGGAGCAGCAUACAUAUUGUCAAACAGAAUAACAGAGAACCACAAAACAGUUGUUUGAUGUGAGCCAUGAUGAGUUGAUAUUUGCCUCAAGGAGCUUUAUCGUAACUUAGUGUCCAGGCAUUGCUUUACAGUUAUUUGGAUUCUUUGUGAUGCUAUUUGGUGCCUACGUUUUCCAGUUCCAGAUUGAUUUUAGACUUUCCUCUGAAAUAUUAAUCCAUAGUGAAAAGGAAUGGUACAAACCCUGGUUGGAAUUGAAGAAAGCAUUUAAACCAUUGAAUUUAAAUAGCUGCAGUUGACAUGACUUCUAGCAGACUGUCAUGACAGUGGUGAGGGACAGAGAGCCAGUUACAGGCAUGUAGUCUUGUUGAGUCAAAUUCUUCAUCCUUUUUGUUGCUCAGCUGAGGAACAAGAAACUCCUGUACUUGUGAUUUAAUUUCCAACCACAGCUGCCAAGAGUGAUGCUUCAAGCUGAGAAAUUUGAAUGCUGAAAUGGAUUGUCAGCUUAGUAGACAGGGUUCAGUUCACGUUAGUAGAUCAGUGUCAGCUAACUGCAUUUUAAAACACUAGAAUGUAAGUACUUUAAAAAAAAUCUACAAUAAUGUCUGACUAUAAACUUAGCUGAAACUUUUUUAUUACAGAACUACAAAAAGCAUAGACCCAUUUCAACAUAAUAUGGCACUAAGGGUGGGAAGCAGAGGGAAUGCUUAAAGACUCGGAGAAAAUAGAGUGCAAAACAGAAUUGGAAUAGCAUGCCUAAUUUUAUAUUCACUUCUGUUAAAACAGGAUUCUGGGCAGUAAGUGUUGCUAAUAAAAGAAUAAUUGUAAGCAUUUUUAAUACCUUAAAAUCUUAAGUAACGGAAGCUUCUUACUGUUAUGCUAGAGGUUGUUAAUAAUUAUUCCCUCUCAUUUUUGUUAACCAACAGCCCAGAAACCACACCACGCUCUUUAUUUCCUUCCCUCAUUUGAGUGGCUAUAUUUUCAGAAUGUUCCUCUGCAGCUGAGGGGACAAGAAAGCCAAUGAGAGUUUGAUGUCAUGAGUAGUAGUGAAUAUUGAAUACUCUUUAGUCUCAUAGCUAUUAGCAGUCCUUCCCCUUAGACGGAAGUCUGUGUCUGACCUUAGGAUAUGCAGGUCAGAAUUGUUCCAUCUGAUUUAUAACACAUUUUUGUGAAACACUGCCAGGCUGAGAGAAAAUACCAUCAGCUCUCCCCAGUUAGACAGUAUGUUCAAUGGGUUAUUAAUUUAGAAGACUUGCACUUGUAUCUGUAUGAAAAUGACACAUUUAAGAACAUAAAUUCUAUAGGUUUUUUUUAAAUGUCAGAUUACAAAUCGUUUAGUCUUCACCCCCAUUAAAAUUUAGUUCAAAAACGGGCACCUAAAUUUUGCCCAGCUAUGAGGCAAUACUAGCAAAUGGCCUGGAGCAUGAGAGCCAAGACAGCUGAUUACAGCAAACUUCAUCUGAAUAAAGAGGUAAUUUUGGAUUGUGUUACAAAUGCCAACAUUCAAAUGACAUAGCUCAUUUUUCUCAUUUAAAGAUU